UUUGCCUUUGACGAAGUUCGCUUAGUAAGAUUCUAAAAAAGAUGGAAAAGAUGAAUUUUGUGAUCUUAUUUCUGAGCGCCACAGUUACAACUCAGGCAACGGUGAUAAAGCAUCUGGAGCGAGAAUGGAACAUGACUCUUAAUGACCUGACAAUAAGAGAUGCACCUGUUGGUAAACACAACACAUUUCCGUAUGCAAAAUGCAGUUUAGCGACGGGAAACGAGCGCAACUGUACAGUGGUUCUUGAAUCUUUCCAUCCAGAGGGAAUAGUUUACAAAAACAAGUGUUUCACUCGGUUCUACACUGAUAAGGGGAGCGAAGGCGUGAAUAUGCUGCAAAUGCGGGCGGUAAAAAAUGGCAAAGUUGUGUUCACUUACGUGGACAUACAAGCUCUAUCUAAAUAUGGAGGAACUGCAUACUUGGUAUUUCGUGUGCUGGACACCUUGACUUGCAAGUACCACGAAGGCAAAGUAUUUGUCAACAUGACCGAGAGAGAACGCGAAACCGAAAAAGUGCAAAGCGAAGAACUUUAUCUAACAAAUGUAUUGACGCGCGAAGACGGCAGUAUUGACGCUUUUCUUAUUUUUCAAAAUUUGUGCGACGGCGGCGCUCGCUGCAAGGUGUCGUUUGACGCGAACGGCGAGUUACUUGGAAAACCGGUUUCUUACUUGUCGAAAGACGUAUACUACGAUGACGUCAAGGUCUACGCGGAGGCCUAUGACACAACUCACACCGCGAAAGACUUCUUCGCCGUGAUAAAUAGAUACAAAGCUUCAAUUAUUCAUCGCAAUCGAGGAAAUGAGCGCAACGAGCUCGAGUUGAUCCACGUAAAAGCUGAUGGCAAAGAGAAAGGAUUGUUACACCUUCAACAAGAGGAGCCACUGAUAGCUGACGUGGAUAUUGAUUACCACGGGGACCUUUCGAUUUGCUGGGCGAAACGAGAUAACAAAGAUGUGACCACAGUUAAGUGCCGGCAUUACAAGAACAAUACGACAGACUUGCACGAACAAUCCUAUGAAUUUGAAUUGCCUCACGUCAUCAAGACCUUGAAAGUUCGGCGCACAGUGCAUUCUGAAGCACCGAUUUCGGCAUUACUUAUUCUAACAGAUGAAUGCGAACAUGAAUCCUGCAAUUACUAUUUAAGGCUUCUCUCGUUAAAUACCAACUACAAUGAUUCCAGCUCUAGACUGCUUCGUUAUAAUAGUCACAAUAUGGAAAUUACUGGAUUAAAUUGUCCCGGAAAAAGUAAGGAAGUAAGCAUUACUCCUACUUGGAAUUAUGAUGGCUUGAAUGUUUGUGUAUCUUUGACUUGUCAACGAGCUGUAUACUUUGAAAGCCACUAUCGAACAGUACACAAACUUAUUAGACAGUGUUUUUCAAUGAAGUAUUUAGAUCGAGCGUAUUUUGAUUGAUGCAAUAGCUAUGCUUACAUUUAAAUAUAUUUAGAUAAUUCGGUUCUGAAAAUAGCUUUUCUAAUAUAACGAAGAUUUAUACCUUUUAUACCUUCAACGUCAUUUAAUUUAUUCAUAAGGACCAUUCAUUGAAAUAGUAUCAUUCGAAAGUUGUCGAAACGAAUAAUCGUAUAAAUUACAUGGAAACAUACACAGGAAUAAUAAAAACAUUAGCGUAGACAAGUUCCCUUAUAUAAAUACUUGACAACAAAAACGCUUGCAUAUUUAUCAUUAUUCUAUCAUCAUCACGAAAUAAAGUUCAUGCGUGCAUAUUUUUAAACGGUUCACAAAAUAUUAAAAUAAUUGGAAAAUUUUUAAUUUUAUUAUUCUUUUUACCGAAUUACUCCCACAAUUACGUCUUAACUGUAUUAUAUAUUAUUAUUAUAUUUGUACUUACACUUUUUGUGAAAAUUAUAAUUUACUAACAUGGAAACUUGUUUUAUAAAACGUUUCUCUCAUAACACAAUAAACUAAGCGUUAUAGAU